UCGGCGGCAUCUAUUCUGGUUUAGCCACAGGCUGCAUGAUCUCCAACAUUGAACACUGACUUACAUUUGCGUGCGGUUAGUACUGCUAAGUGAACGGAUACCUGUCGCGAUAGGAUAUACCCCAUUUUCCUGCGAGUAACUGUAGAGAGUCCGUAACGUUUUGUGGUCGGGUCCAAGUACAAACAGCAACGGCGCAGCUCCCUUCACCGGUGCUCUCUCGCGACUUCCCGCGUACGUCUCCAUCAACAUUCCAUCAGAAUCCAUCGGAUUUUCAACCUUCACUGGUCAAAAACAUAUUGAAGAUCGCAAUAAAACCACACAUACGCCGCCGCAAGCCCGCAUCGCUCCAAUAGAGCAGAUAUGGCAAACCCCGAGGACGCGGCGACUGUCCUGGAGCAGUUCAUUCACGAUGUCGCGAACUUGCCUGCGGAAAUAACGCAUCUGUUUGAAGAAGUGCAGGCAAAGGAUGAGCUUAUUCAAGAAGCGCGGCGGACUAUUGCGACUCGCGACAACAGCCUCCAGAAGUUCAUCAAGCUCAACGGCAGCCUGGUGCAAAACCCCAAAGAGGAACCAUACUCGAAGCUCAUAGUUGAGCAAUAUGAGCGCUCACAGAUUCUGCAAGAAGAAAAGAUCGGACUCGUCGAGAAAGCCGCUGCCUUAUUGGACCGGCACGUCAAGCGGCUGGACUUGAAGUUGAAGAACUUGCAGGAUGACGGCUCUAUCUCCACAGACCCCCAGCUGCCCUCCUUACUGAGGGAGUCCCCUGGUAACAUGGUUCCCCCUUCCUCGCUGAGCACGACCGGCGCGAACACACCGCUACAAGCUGUGUCUGGCAACCAAGGCCCCGGAGGAGCAAAUCUAGCGCACGCAGCCAUCGCCCGGAUAGCGAAUGCGACCAACCUCACUUCCAGGAUCAAUCCAAGUCUACAAAAUAUGACGCAGCAGGCCCUGCUCAACCAGCAGCGGCUUACGAACCAGCAAAGCGCUGCCCAGGCAACAGCGCGGCAAGAACGGGAGAUGUCUGCCGGCAGUGAUAGUAAGCGUCGUCGACCAAACCUGAGCACAGGGCCGCUGCCAGGUCCGCCAUCGUCGUUGGGGCGAGCAUCUUCAAUGGGACCAGGAACGCCCAAGCCUGCCACGCCAGGAUCACGCGCAGGAAGCGUAGGACCUAGCAGAUCGCAAAAGCAUCCACUAAUGGUGAAAAAGGCGAAACCACAGCAACCACUGCGCAAAGCUGCGCUCACGGCCAAGUCAGGGAGCAACAAGAAGCGCCGCAAGGGCGGGUCACGGGCGUCGCCGUCCACGACAGCCGACGACGAGAGCGUGGCCAGUGAGGCAGGCACUGAAGACGAGGAGAUGGCUGGCAUGGGCAACGGCGAAGGGGACGAUGAAGAAGAUGAGACAGACAACAGGAAGUACUGCACAUGCCAACGUGUGAGUUUUGGCGACAUGGUGGCGUGCGACAAUGACAACUGCAAGCAUCAAUGGUUCCAUUGGGAAUGCGUAGGUAUAAAAGAGGAACCGGUAGGGGACUGGCUGUGCCCGGAGUGUUCGAAGCUGCCGCCCACCAAGAUCAAGCGAGCACCUCGGUCGUGAGCAAUCUCACCGGAACAUGUACGAUUGACGGCGGGGCGAGGAUAGAUGAUCGAUAGGGAUAUGGACCGUAUCGGCGUAUCUGGGAUGGCGCACGGGCGCAGCAUCUGGCAAGGGUGGCGGGCUGCAGGGCUGCGGAAGGGGCGCAACUGACAGCUGGUGGGCGUUGAUGUUAGGAUAGAUCCGGCCGGAGGUCACGAUACCAUGUUAUACCUGCCUUUCUGUAAGAUUGCGGCACUGUGCAUAAGGGCGAAUCUCCACAUGGUACUGGGGCAGUGACGAAGCGUGG